AUGCAGCAACUCCCUGUAGAAAUUUUGGAGGAACUUCUCUCAUGGCUUUCGGUUAAGGAUCUUCUAAGAUUCAAAUCUGUUUGCAAAAACUGGAAUUCAAUAAUCUCCAGCCACCACUUCAUUAACUUGCAUCUCAAGAAAUCGAUUUCGAUAUCUUCUUCCCGCAGUAGGAUUUUCCUGCCACAUGAUAAAGCUUUCCGGACCGUCGAAUACAGCAGAGAUCCCCGAGGCGGGGGGGACCGCAUCGAUUUUCAGACUCUGCCGCGGCCUAAAGAAACCAUCGGAACUUUCAUCGGAACCUGCGACGGUCUGAUCUGUUAUUUAGAUAUCAAAACUAUGCGAAUUUGCGUGUCGAAUCCAUUUCUCGGGGUAUCAAAAACUCUGGAUUUGAACGUAGACACGAGAUUUUGUACGACCAUUUUGUUCUUGUGGUUCGGGCGAGAAUCCUCCGAUGAUGAGUACAAGGUUGUGUUGGGGAUUAAAUCAUACGACGGAAAAUCGAACUAUUCUAAGUACCAUAUGCAUCUCAUUAAGCCGUUUUCAGACAACUGCAGCUGGAAAUCAACCCGAGAAGUUGAUGGUCGAUUAGAGCUCAUUUGGUACUUUGGGGAGGGAAUCCUUUUGCAUGGAAUAGUGCAUUGUCUUUUGUAUGAUCGAGUAACGCAUGCUGGUCCAACCGUCGAUUAUGUUGUGUUCACGUAUGAUUUGUGCCGGGAAAGUGUCGGAGAAAUUUCAAUGCCGGUGGGACCGCAUUUUUUGCAUGCGGAGAUUGGGGUGAUAGACGGGUGCCUUUCUGCAAUAUGCAAUGUUUCUAGGGGCAAUUCUGCAAUUUAUGAGGUUUGGACGAUGAAGGAAUAUGAAGUGAAAGAGUCUUGGACUAAGUUGAUGAAUAUAUCGAGAGGGUGUGAUUAUCAUAUGUCGCCUUACUGGCAUUUGAAAUUGGUUGGAGUUACUGCGAACGGGGAUCUCAUUUUGAGUUGUUAUCCAAAACAUCGUCUAUUGAUAUAUAAAGUGGCGGAAAAGAAAUCCGAGAUUUUUACAUCAAAUGGUCAUUGGUCUGCGAGAAUGUACGUUGAGUCUCUGGUUUUCCCGUAA